AUGCUUCCACCUCCUCCUGAAGUACAUAAUAGCGCUGAUGAACUUUUCCAGAAUGCACAAAGAUUUGCAAAUUCUCAAGGGUACACUCUAGUUAAAAAAAGAACUCGGAAGGAUAAUCGUGGUGAAUUAAAAAAUAUGUCAAUAUGUUGUGACCAAGGAGAUCACUUGAAGCUUUGUAAUGCUACACAUAAUUAUGAUCCCUCAAAUGAUAUGUCAGGACAUCCUAUUGUUCAUCGACUAACAGAAGAACAAAAAGAAAGUAUUGCAAUAAUGACUACCUCCGGUUCACAUCUCUGUGAAAUUAUAUCAACACUUCAACAAAAUGAUCUGUCAAUGUUAGUCAUUAGCAGUGAUAUUUAUAAUAUGCGUGCCCAGCUUCGGCAACAAAAUCUGGCUGUUACUCACUUAUUUUUUGCACAUAAAGAAUCGGUCUCUCUUAGCCAUCAAUAUCCUACAGUAAUUCUUAUGGAUUGUGAAGAGGAGGAUGAUUACAAAUGGGCCCUUACAAAUGUCAUAAGUAUAUUUGAUAGAAUGCAAAAACCCAGUGUUAUAGUAACUGAUAGAGAGUUGGCACUUAUGAAUACCCUCAAAAUUAUCUUUCCCAAUUCAACAAACCUACUUUGUGUGUGGCACAUUAGUAAGAACAUCUUAAAAAAUUGCAAGCUGCAGUUUUCUAAAGAAACCAAUGAAGAAGAAAGUGGUGAAUUGCAAAGUUUCUUUGCAAAGUGGAACGAUAUCGUUCAAUCUGAAACAAAAAGUGAAUUUGAUGUAAAAUGGAAUAAUUUAUGCUCCACUUACAUUAAUAAACCUAGUGUAAUAUCUUAUCUUCAGGAAACCUGGAUACCAUGGAAGGAAAAAUUUAUAAAAUCCUGGACAAAUCAAUUACUUCACUUGGACACAACUGUAACUUCACGUAUCGAGGGUUCACAUGCAACAUUAAAAGCGUACUUACAAACAUCUACAGGGGAUCUUCAUCACAUUUAUACAACAAUAUCUUUAGCAGUAACUAACCAGAAAAAAGAAUUUAAUACUAUGAUUGCAUCAGAGUGCAUUCAUAUUUCAGCUUUUGCUACUUAUAAUUCUCUAUAUUCAAAUAUUAGGAAGCCCUUACCAUCAUGCACUGGAACUUUCACAAUAAUGCUGGGCUUACCUUGUGCUCAUUUUAUUCAGCAUCUGGAGAAUAAUCAAAAUCUAAUGCUUAAUGACAUUCAUAAACAUUGGUGGAUUCCAGGAAACAUACUGAUGCUGCAGAUUGAAGAAAAUAGUUCCGAUCCUGAAAACCCUCUACAACCUCUCUUGCAUGAUCUACAACAAAGGUAUCAAGAAUGGCCAGAAUUCCAGCAAUUAGUGGCACAAGAUACUUUGAAAAACCUGAUUGAUGAACCAUCAAUGACCUUACAAAAUCCUAAUGUAGUUUACACAAGAGGCCAUCCCUCUGGAGCUCCUAAUCACCAGAAAAAUAACACGACAUGCAGAGAUCCCUCUGGCUUUGAAAUAGUAGAACACAAGAAUAGGCAUUGUGCCAUUUGUCAACAAUCUGGGCAUAAUGCUUAUACCUGCACAAAUAAAAAAUAG